AUGUCAGGUACAGACAGGAAGGGUUGUCAGGUACAGACAGGAAUAAGCUGUGAAUAGACAUUGGUGGAAGUGGCAGCAGAGGAGUUAUCCGUCUACAAGGAGACCUGUAUAGAUCACAUGAUGGCACCAAUGAGGAUGGAGGAGGACCGGAGUCACAUGACUGAGAAGAUACUAAACCUCACCCUGGAGAUCAUCUACCUGCUGACCGGAGAGGAUUCUGGGAUUCUAACAUGAUAUUCCUAUUGGUUCCUCAAUACAGAGAUUUCCUCCUCUGAAGUUAGGUGAUCAUAUGACCAUCACAGUGCCUCCAUGUGACUCCCUAAACCCUGAGAGACACAACAUGCAGAAGAUUCUAGAAGUCACCAGAGAGAUCACUGAGCUGCUGACAGGAGAGGUUCCUAUAAGGUGUCAGGGUGUCACUGUCUAUUUCUCCAUGGAGGAGUGGGAGUAUUUAGAAAGACACAAGGACCUCUACAAGGACGUCAUGAUGGACAAUCAGCAG